AUGCCCAAGUGCGCUUCGACACGACUCCAGCAGCACCAAGAGAAAGGGGGAAGAGAAAGUGGGCUGUUACUCCGCGAGGGCUUUUCUGGCGGUCGGGGCGUCUCUCCUGCCCGGGCCGCCAGCCUCCCAGAGGCGUGGCCGGUGUCGCCUUUGUGUCCGCCAGCAGCGGGCGGAGUGAGGGCUGGUGUCGCGCCUUCUCCCUUCCUUUCUGCCGCCUCCACUCACCCGCGCCCGCCCUCUGAGUGCGCCGCAGGCAAGAAGAGGCCCGAGCAACUGCGAAGGCGGUAAGGAAAACCAGUCCGCUGUCAGCGGCUCUUCUCCGAGAGCUUCCCCGGAGGCGAGACCCGGGGUGAGGAAGGGGCGCUGGCGGCGCGCAAUUACGCAAACAGCGGAAUGCAGCGCUUACUUCUCUCUUUCUGCACUUCCCUUCUCUGUCUGGCGCGCCCAGCUCUUGGGCUUCCUUUUCCUACAAGCAGAUGUAGCUGAGGGCCCCGAUUCCAUACUUCCUCGGCAACUCCCAGCAAAGUCCCCCACUUUUUUGCUGCCUGACCUGUGCGCUGGGAAAACUCGGGAAGCGCCUGGGGUUUUUUUGCCCACGCGCAAAAGCGCUCCAGGCAGGCACUUUUUACGCGUCGCCUUUGUGUAUAGGUGCGCGGUUGAGUUUUGGACAAGGAAGGGGAGGGGGUGGGUGCGUUGCUAGGUUUUUAUUUUAUCAGAUUGCAUGGGGGAGGGGUGGGAACAUUUGCUUGUAGACUCAAGAGCGUUUGGCACUAGGCGUUAUGUGCCAAAAAUGGAAAAUAGGGAAAAGUUCAAGGCCAGAGACAUCCUUACUUCUCAUACAAGUUGGAUGGCUCAGCUGUUUAGAGCCUGGUGCUGAUAAUGCCAAGGUUGCAGGUUCAAUGCCCAAAUUGGGCAGCUGCAUAUUCCUGCACUGCAGGGGGUUGGAUCCUCGGGGUCUUUCCUAAGUCUUAUGAUUCUAAGUCGGCAAUGAACUACACCUCCUCUUUACAGUAGAAGUUAAGACUUGAGGCAGGGGUGAGAAAGAAAAGCUGUCUAAAAGGCAUUGUGGCUAGAGACUAAUCCUCACACAUUACAGUAUUUGUUUUGCGUGUGAUCGAGGAUGCAAAUGUCUGUGGUAUCCUAAUGUGGGUCGCAAUUGCUUAUUACAUUCUUUUGCGCACUCACACUCGCAGGGUAGUGUAGAGCACUGGCUGGCAGCAGAAUGGGUACCUGUUAUAUUUCUGCCCACAAGUAAAUAGCAGCUUCAGGGGGUGGUUUUAAUUGAGAGGGGAGAGUUAACACUUCCCCCCAUUUCCCAAUCCCGAUUGGGGCCCCAUGCAGUUGCUGUCAGUCCUUAAAAAAAUAAUAAUGUGGGGGAUCUCAUUCACAGAUAUUCUACAUCACAUCUGAUUUGGCCUGAAAGAAAGAGCUGUGUAUUAGGAAGCUGUUUGCUCAAAUUCAUCACUAUUGUUAGAUUAUCAUUUUGGAAUCCAUCCCAGGAAGCCUCAAAACUCAAGUUUUGCUCAGAGCUCUUGUGUGGCAGUGGGAUAGAGUGCCAACCAACCAGAAAAACAGGCUAGCCCCUCACUGGUUUUAUGUUAUCCCUCUCUCAACAGUCAGCCACCAUUCCGUGGCACACUCAUGCUCAGCCCUCAUUGCUUUGGUUUGGAGUCCCCCUCUUAGGGUACUUUUUCCAUCAAAGUUUUUAGUAUGCCUAGAAACCUUGAAGGUUCCCGCAAACCUGCCUGAAACUUCCCUCUUGUGUGUGGCUAGCAGGAUUUUGACUACAUGAGGAUCCACACUUGGAUAAUUGAGUUUGCCAUUAGUACAGUGGUACCUCGGGUUACAUAUGCUUCAGGUUACAUACGCUUCAGGUUACAGACUCCGCUAACUUAGAAAUAUUACCUCGGGUUAAGAACUUUGCUUGAGGAUGAGAACAGAAAUCGUGCGGCAGCGGCAUGGCAGCAGUGGGAGGCCCCAUUAGCUAAAGUGGUGCUUCAGGUUAAGAACAGUUUCAGGUUAAGAACGGACCUCCAGAACGAAUUAAGUACUUAACCUGAGGUACCACUGUAUACAAUAAGCCCGCAACGUAUGUGGGAGUUACGUUCCAGGGAUAGUGCCUUAAGCCAAAAUUGUUUAUAGUCAAAACCUAUUGGGUUCAGUGGCUGGUGGGACUGCCAACAUCAUUUUUCACAGAACCUCACCACUUUAAAUUUUUUUUUUUAAAUUAUCAAGUGUGUAAAGUUGAAUGCACACAAGUUAAAUGUGCAUAUGUUGCAGGCUUAUUGUAAAUGAGGAUGUAGCUACAGUGGUACCUCGGGUUACAUACGCUUCAGGUUACAUACGCUUCAGGUUACACACUCCGCUAACCCAGAAAUAUUACCUCGGGUUAAGAACGUUGCUUCAGGAUAAGAACAGAAAUCGAGCUCUGGUGGCGCGGCGGCAGCAGGAGGCCCCAUUAGCUAAAGUGGUGCUUCAGGUUAAGAACAGUUUCAGGUUAAGUAUGGACCUCUGGAACGAAUUAAGUACUUAACCCGAGGUACCACUGUACUUUAUACCAUUACCAAUGCCUGGGCUGUCUACUCUGGCAGUGGCUUUCCAAGGUACCAUUCAGGUCUGAACCCUGCACCCGAUCCUUUAGCUGAGUAUUGAUCUGGGACCUUCUAUAUAAAAAGCAUGACCUCUGUCACAACAACCAUUUCCCCAGAGAGAUUUUGCAGAACUGCGCCUUGAUACUAUCAGUUCUGUGUUAUGCUGCUGUCACACAGUGGAAGAACUCAGAGUUUCCAAAAUAAGGUUAAGGUUGUUUGUUUAACAAAACACCUUAAAAUAAAACAGUAGUUUUCAAUGCAGUAGAAGUUGUCGCUUUGAACUUGCCUUGCCAUAUGCCAGACCCAAGGGUAGCCAUUGUGUUGGGUUAUUAACUCCCAUCAUCCCUGACAAUUGAUCGUGUUGCAGUUUACAGCAUCUGUAGGAAACCACACUGGCUCUCCAUGUCCUAUGCAAUAAACGUUUAUACAGUGGUACCUCGGGUUACAUACACUUCAGGUUACAGAUGCUUCAGGUUACAGACUGCUAACCCAGAAAUAUUACCUCGGGUUAAGAACUUUGCUUCAGGAUGAGAACAGAAAUCGUGCAGCGGCGGCACAGUGGCAGUGGGAGGCCCCAUUAGCUAAAGGGGUGCUUCAGGUUAAGAACAGACCUCAAGAACGAAUUAAGUUCUUAACCCGAGGUACCACUGUAGACGCUUCUGGCACAGGGACAUUCCACACAGGAAUUGCAAUUGAAGAAGAGCUACAGAAUAUUGCAAGCUUGAGUGCUGGAGCAAAAAAUCAGCCUCAAGGGCAAGAAGUGUGGGGAUACCGAGCCCCUAGUAUGAAACAGCUGCAGGAUUUUUAACAGACUUUUAGUGGGCACCUUAUAGAAGCCUUUAAAGAAAAGAAGUGAGCUUCGGUGUGACAUGCAAAUGCUCAGUCAAAAUAGGCAGGCUUUUGUAGUUUCUGUUCCUCCCUUCUGAAAUAUCAGAAUCCAAAGUCCAGGCUUUCUAGACCACUCCCUUUCUGACAGGUGUACCUAAAGCAGCCCAGUCCUGUGCAUAUCCUUCAAAGACAGAGAUAGGGAACCUGCGGCACUCCCAUUGUGAUUGGACAACAGCUCCCAUAAUACUUGGCUAUUGACUGUGUUAGUUGGGGCUGAUAGGAGUUAGAGUCCAACAGCAUAUGGAGGGCCACAGGUACCCCCCACAUAGGAACCAACUCCUAGAGGCUGUGGUCUCUUCACCUACCCCCAAAAAAAUAUUUGAGGAGGCUGCGACCCCCCCCCCAGGUUGAUGGGCACUGACAUUCAGAUGGUUUGUGCGCACACCAUUUCUUGUGAUCAAUUAUGUACCAAUAUUUUUUUCAAGUUAGUGCCUCUGCUCCCCACCACAGCUCGAAGAUAAGGCCUCUUCUGAAAGCCUGAAAGGCAAUGCAUAUAUUUUUAACCUGAUUUAUCAACCUCUACACGUUACACACAGUUUGAAAUUUAGGGACUCCCCAGACAUUCUUUCUAUUCUACACUCAUAGUGAUUUGUGUUUGUGAUGAUGUUGGAGUCAUUAUACAUGAUCCUGCUAUUUGAGCCUUCAAAAAUUUUGGAAUGGGCAUACUACCGUAUUUUUCGCUCCAUAGGGCGCACCUAGUUUUUAGGGGGAGAAAUAAAGGGGGGGGAUUUAUUUCCCCAGCCCCAAAGAGCAAAGAAGCCAAGACAGUGAGCGGGAUGGAUCCUGCUCGCUGUCUUGGCUUCGUUUUUAGCCACGGGGCUGGGGCGGAGGAAGCCCGAGCUUCCCCCGACCCCAGCCCCCAGAACAGGUCCAGGAAUGGCGGCAAGAUUGUGCGCAACCUCAUCGCCGCUCCUGGAGCUUGCGGUUAGCUGCCUGAAGCCCGGGGUGCGCAGCGCUGUGCUCCCCGGGCUUCAGGAUUCAGGCUGCUAUCCGCAAGCCUUCGGAGCCCGGCGGGAACUCCCGCCGCGCUCAGAAGGCUUGCAGGUAGCUGCCUGAAGCCUGGGGAGCGAGAGGGGUUGGAGUGCACUGACCUCUCUCGCUCUCCAGGCUUCAGCAAAAGCCUGCAUUCACUCAAUAGGACGCACACACAUUUCCCCUUCAUUUUUGGAGGGGAAAAAGUGUGUCCUAUAGAGCGAAAAAUACGGUACUUCAUUUCCAAUCAGUGCAUGCCCUACUGAAACCCUGGGGACUUCUCCUACGACUGACGUUCUGGUGUUCUGCUUGGGUUUUGUCCUGCUUUCACUGCGCUGCAGUGAAAGAGCACCCCAUCCAGACAAAAAUCAAGUGGUAACAUUGGGGAAGCAUUGCAGAACAACUAAUAAAGCAGAAUGGAUGUGUGGACAGUCCAGUAUGAGUCCACCAUUAAUACACCAGGACUGCAUCAAUAAAGACGCCCUUAUUUGACUGAUUUACUUCUGCCUUUGCCAAGUUAAUGAGGCGAGGGAAAUGCCGUAUCUCUUUGGAAGAGCACAUGCCUUGCAUUCAAAUGUCUGAAACCCUAGAGAGCUGCGGUCCAUCCGUGUAAUGAGCUAGAUGAACCAAUGGCAAAACUUUGCAUAAAGAAACUGUAAGGCUUCUUUUGGCAAGGUGUGCUUUUGUCGCCCUAUAUUUAGACAACUGUUUUAUAAGCAGACAGCUAUUGGAAGAUGUUGUUUUUUGGAACAUUAGCAAUCAAGACAGGCAUUUGCAUCCAUCAGUACAGAGGUAAAUGUAGGUAUUUCUUCUUCUUCUAUCAGGUACAAACUGACCUUCUGCACUGAUGCUAGGGGCAAAGUAAACUUACUGAGGGGAAACAUGGUUAUUUAAAGUAACCCCUCAAUUUUUUUAGGGUGCCUGUCUUAAAGCCAGAGGUCAUUUCUCAGGAAAUGGAAGGGCAAAGGGGCUAGAAUGAAAUGUUUGGACAUGGGUAGGCAAACUAAGGCCGGGGACUGGAUCUGGCCCAAUCACCUUCUAAAUCCGGCCCGUGGACGGUCCAGGAAUCAGCGUGUUUUUCAAUGAGUAGAAUGUGUCCUUUUAUUUAAGAUGCAUCUCUGGAUUAUUUGUGGGGCAUAGGAAUUGGUUCAUAUUUUUUUCCAAAAUAUAGUCCGGCCCCCCACAAGGUCUGAGGGACAGUGGACUGGCCCCCUGCUGAAAAAGUUUGCUGCCCCCUGUGUUUGGAGAUGAUUAUGAGCUUCAUUUCUGAUUUUGAGUUACCUGGAAGUGAUGGGAGGUAGGGCAAGCAACCAAACAAGCUUCUCACAGCCUUUUUUAAACAUUCCACACUAGCAACUGUCUCCAAUUUGACCUUUCAGCUGAAAUGCCUGAUGGUGGUCAUGGGGAGACCUAAAAUGUGAGAUCUGAGAAAAGCAGAGCUAAGGAAGUCCUUUCCCAAAAAGAGGCCGACACUAGGUUUGCUACCUUCAUUGCACAAUGGUUCAUAGAAUCAGAACUGUAGGAUUGGAGGGGAACCCAAAGGUCAUCUAAGUGCAACCCCCUGCAAAUCCAGGAAUCUCCACUAAAGCAUCCGUAACAGAUGGCCAUCCAACCACUGCUUUAAAACCUCCAAGAAAGAAGAGUCCACCACCUUCCAAGAGAGACGGUUGCCCUGUUGCAACCCGUUUCUCAACCUUGUGGUCAGUCUUUUGGCUGGUUGACUUAUUUCAGUUUUGUGACUUCUCAGUUGCAAGUAGAGGCUUCUUUUUUUCCACUUUUUGUUUACAAAAUGGCACGAACUGCCAACAGUAAAUUGAAAGAUUUCCUUUGCACCAUUUUUCUUUUCUUUUCUUUUUAAAAAGGGGACUGGGAAAAUCUGAACAGGGUCCCUGAUCUGUAAAUACUGCUUCUGUUUUCCUGACUGCCUGAUGUUUCAUUAGUUACGAAUGUGUCAUUAAUAUGGUGGGUCGGGGCACGGGGGUCUAGGGGGUCUUCUAGGAAGAAGUGAGGGUAUGCUGUUGUACUGUACUGUUGUACAGUAGGGGACUCUGAAAUGGUUGUAUUGUCGCAUUGAUAAUACAGUAAUACCUCAGCGAAUGUCCGCCCCGUCGACCGUCAUUUCGGCGAACGUCCGUGGCAAACCCAGAAGUACCAGAAUGGGUUACUUCCGGGUUUGCUGCUCACGCAUGCGCAGAAGCACUAAAUUGCUCCACACGUGUGCGCAGAGCAGCGCUUUGUCGAGCGUCCGGGGUUCCGGAACAGAUCCCGGACUCAAAACAAGGUACCACUGUAGUGCUGAGAAAUUAAUAAACCUUACAUUUUAGAAGAAUUACUUUGUCAAUAUAUAAAAACAAUGAAGGUUAAUAAUUCUUUUUUUCUGUUUUUAGGAUAGAAUGA